UGUUUUAUUAAGAGUACCAAUAGGUACUGAGUGUUUUCAGUUAUGAAUUGAGUGAAAAACAUUUCUGCAAUUUGACGCUUAUUUUGACAGUUAAAAUCCAUCGAUUUUGUCAUGACGUUUUAGUAGACCUACAAAUCACAAUAUUUUUGUGUAAAAUUUCCCGAAUUGCCUCAAAAUGGGGUUAGAUUUUGAUGUAUUGGAGUUUUGUAAGAAACUUCGGCAAAAUAGGCCUCCGCCUUAUCAGUGUCCAUUGGAGAAAUGCGACAAAGUUUACAAAAGUUUGUGUGGUCUUCAGUAUCAUUUGGUAAACUAUGAUCAUGAUAACCCGACGCCGGCUACUCCUGCCGUUAACAACAACAGAAAGAAAGGUAGAAGCAGAGCCGCGGUACCAACAGGCGAUAUCGCUUUGCAAAGCCCGCCAAAAGAAGCUUUAACUUUUGCCGAAGCCCAGAAAGUAGUACAGUUUGAAAUAGAUGGGAAAAUAAGUAGAAUACCGAUAGAUCAACCAUUGCCUAUUAUAUCUUUGGAGGAAUGGGAAAAAAAGAAUGCAGAGUUAGAAAAACCUUUGGCAUUUGUUGAACCACCUCAGGAGCCUCAUGUAAAGUUGCCAGAAGCUACUUUCAAGGUAAUCCCAGAUUAUAAUGAGAGAGUAUGUGAUGCCCCACCUAGACCAAAUGCUUACAUACGUUUUAUUGAAAAAUCAGCUGAGGAACUUGACGGAGAAGUGGAGUAUGAUGUGGACGAGGAGGACACAGCGUGGUUGGGAAUCAUCAACAAAAACAGAGUUAAACAAAACUUGCCACCUGUGUCUGUUGAUACGUUGGAAUUAUUGAUGGAUCGCCUUGAGAAGGAAUCAUAUUUUCAGGCAACACAAAGUGGUCAACAGACAGCUGUUACAGUAGACGAAGAUGCUGUGUGCUGUAUAUGCAUGGAUGGUGAAUGUCAAAAUACAAAUGUCAUACUGUUUUGUGAUAUGUGUAAUUUAGCUGUUCAUCAAGAUUGUUAUGGGGUGCCAUACAUUCCCGAGGGUCAGUGGCUAUGUCGGCGGUGUCUGCAGUCUCCAUCCCGUUUGGUCAACUGUGUUUUGUGCCCUAAUACUGGGGGUGCAUUUAAACAAACUGACCAAGGCACGUGGGCGCACGUCGUUUGCGCUCUGUGGAUACCGGAAGUUCGCUUCGCCAACACAGUAUUUUUGGAACCCAUAGAUUCAAUAGAGACGAUCCCUGCUGCGCGUUGGAAGCUACAGUGUAUGGUGUGCAAGCAACGCGGCGCGGGCGCCUGUAUACAGUGCCAUCGCAGCAAUUGUUACUCCGCCUUCCACGUCACAUGCGCUCAGCAGGCUGGAUUAUAUAUGAAGAUGGAGGCAGCGGGUACGGGCAGGGACCCCAGUCAACCCGUACAAGUAGCUAAGAUGGCGUACUGCGAUUCUCACACGCCGUCACAUAUUCUACAGGAAAGGCGAGCACUUGAAUCUGAGGGCGAUUCAAAAUCGGCGGACUUAUCAACUAUCAGGCAAAAGGGACGAGACAAAAUAAAACAGGCGCGUCGAGUCCUGGCCCUCAAACGGACGUGGGCGCCGGUGGUAUUAGUGCCGACCCUGGCGGCGGAGCGAGUGGCGGAUAUAGCGCGGCUGGCGGCGGGCCCGGCGGCGGCGCGCGCGCAGCUUAUGAAGCGUUUACUCGCGUAUUGGACGCUCAAGCGCCGCAGCCGCAACGGCGUGCCGCUGCUGCGACGACUGCAGAGCUUGGCGACGCACCACGGUGGUAGCCGAGGAAUACAAGAUGGGACAGUGAAUGUUCGAGAGCUGUGCAAUCAGCUUAAAUAUUGGCAGAGAAUACGACAGGAUUUGGAAAGGGCCAGGUUACUGUGCGAGUUGGUACGCAAACGCGAACGGCUGAAGGCGGAGUACACGCGCGUGUGGGAGCGGUGCGUGAUGCACUCGCUGCGGCCGGAGCGCGCGGCGCUGCACAAGCUGCUGCGGCUGCUACGGGCGAGGGACUCCAGUGACAUAUUCUGCGAGCCCGUCGACCUGCUAGAGGUGCCAGACUACAGCUCGGUCGUGACACACCCCAUGGACCUCAGCACUAUGGGCAAGAAGCUCGACCGCGGCGCGUACAAGACCAUCGACGAUAUAGAGGCGGACUUCCAGCUGAUGAUCAACAACUGUCUAACUUAUAAUAACAAGGACACCGUGUUCUAUAAAGCCGGCGUCAAAAUGCGCGAGCAAUGCGCCCCCAUAUUCCGUCAAGCGCGACGUGACGUCAUCGAUGCGGGCUUAACCGACAUCGCUGGAAAUGGAGAAGUGGAAUCCGCCAGGAGUUCGCCCCGAGAAAGCCCCGUUCCAGAUGAGAGGGAGAAGGAAAGAGAAGAAAAACCAGCGAAGAAAGAGAGGACUAGAACUCGUGAGUCGCUCCGAGCUAGGGAGUCGCAAGCGAGAGAAUUGGCUGAGAAGAGAAUAAGCCCACGACGACGCCGCAGCGUGCGACACUCCAGUAGCGACAGCGAACGGACAGCUGACACGAGAAGCGAGAGGGGUGUGUCAAUGGCGCGAAGCGAGAGAGGCGUGUCACUGGCGAGAAGCGAAAGGGGCGUGUCUCUGGCGAGAACUGAACGAGGCGUCUCUUUAGCAAGGAGUGAACGAGGCGUGUCAUUGGCUAGAAGCGAGCGAGGCGUGUCCCUUGCGAGAAGCGAGAGAACCUCACGCGCGGCCAGCCCUCAUAAUAAUGACACUGAAGAGGAAAAUGCCACGAGGGACGAAUCGCCUGCCGCAGUCAAGGUGAACCGCAACUGGUGGCGCGGGCGUGGAAGGGGGCGGGGCCGCCGAGGGCGGAGGGGGCGGGGCCGACCCUCGCAGUCCAUGGCGAGGCAGCCGAGAGAAAUUGAUACCCCAACAACAGAUUCUGAAACACCAAUCAUUGCGAAGAAGAGUGUAGAAAGAACUCAAAAACUGGCUACACCAGAGAAGUCACCUUCCAAACAGCCAGAAACAUCAGGUCUCGGUCUUGUGAGUGGUCUACGGAAGCCAACACUUUUAGUGUCGCCUUCAAAACUGUCGGUACCUCCUAAAAGCUUUGGAUCUGACGCGUCUCUGCCGACGUUGUCAGCAAGUUUAGGACGCACGUUGGAGCCGUCCCCACGGAAGAAAGGCCGCGGACGGCCGAGGAAAGUGGAUAAGGACAAGGCCGCCUCCUCGCCUGAUCUCUUCAGGGCUGUGGGCAGUGAGGCUGCGCUGUCGACGCCGGUGCCGGCCUCGUUCAUGCAGUAUCGCGGCCCGCCCGGCGAAGUCGGCUCCGACAGUGACCUAGCUCUGUCCAGGUCGUCGAGCAGUAGCUCGGCGUGGUCGCAGUCGUGUUCGUCGUGCACGCACUACGACGACGACGGCUCCGACAACUCCUGCGACCUCAGCUCCAGCGAGGGGUCGAGUUUCAGUGGCGAUCGGCGCGCACCCCCCGCCCCCGCGCCGCAGACCGCGCCCGCCGGCCGUGGCACAAGAUCGGCCUCAAAGACCCCGGUAAAGAGCGGCCAGUCAGAUCUGAAGCACCUAGAACCACUCCAACUUGUGUGGGCUAAAUGCAGGGGCUACCCCUGGUAUCCGGCCCUCAUCAUCGACCCAAAGAUGCCGAAAGGCUACAUAUACAACGGAGUACCUCUGCCCGUCCCACCGCAAGACGUGUUGAAUCUCAAGAAAAAUUUCGCACACGAGCCAGUAUUGUAUCUAGUUUUAUUCUUCGACGUUAAACGUACGUGGCAAUGGCUGCCACCGGCUAAGCUGGAGUUGCUCGGAGUAGACAAGAGCGUUGAUCAAGCCAAGCUGGUCGAGUCCAGGAAACCUACUGAGAGGAAGGCGGUGAAGAAAGCCUACGGAGACGCCAUGCAGUUCAGGAAACAAGUGGACGGAGACAAAUGACACAGGUUUAGGUAUAGGUCCCGGAGGCCUACUCGCAAUAGAGUCUUCAGUUUUGGUAACUUCUCCAUGAUGCAUAUUAGAGCCCCCAACAGUUCUGAUUCGAGUGACUAAAUAAAAUGUUUACACAGGCCUAAUAUAAUGUCAACAAUA